GGCGGGAAGCCCCUGAAUGCAACGCGCGUGCAGUUCACGGUCCGCGAGCGGACACGUCAUCGGUCACACGCAGGCAUCGUGCGGCAAGUGACAGAUUCUCCAACCAGUGCGAGGGUUUGUUGUUAGUCCAACCUAGAUGCUGAACUUUGUCUCGUUCGACCGUGUUCGUUAUACAUCGUUCAGAAGCUCAUCGGGGGCGAAAUUCGUGCAUGCGUGCCGCUCGUCUCGCAGCGGUUGUUGUUUUGUCUUCUUUCUAAGGGAAUUGUGUCAAGUCAAAGCAAGGUGAGCGUGGAGGGGGGUUCGCUGCACUCGCACAAUGCUCACUGUACAGCCUGUUUUGUGAGCGUGGAGGACGUGUUUAAUGCUUCUUCUGGUCUCAGCCGCCCGACAACAUGACCGGAGACACGGUGGUCUUGAGGGGGCUGACCUGGAUGAAACAGGCGGCCAGCAGAGCCCCGACAGGCGGCCUGGCCGGCCGCGGGAGCCGGAGGCUGGUAAGCCUCCACCCGGCCCCCGGACCGGGAAGGGACAUGUUGGACAGGCAGAUGGAGGUUUGGGUCGGCAGAGCCGCGGCGGGGCGGUUCCGCAGAUAUUCCACGAUGGGCGCCCGUCUCACUUCCUGCUUCGUCGCAAGCGCCAAUCGCUGCCAGGCGGCGCGCGGCGGAGCGUCUGCUAAACUUCUGAAGGGCGACGGGGGCUGGCCGGGUCAGUUCUUCUGUGGACACACGCGGUCGUUCAACCAGGACAACCCCACAGUGGGGCGUCUGACUUCGGAGGACAUCCAGAAGGCGAGAAGUUCCAAGAAAUCCGACCCCAAGCCUUAUAAACAAAUGCUCAGCGAAAGCGCUCGGGAGAGGAAGGUGCCCAUCACACGGAUAGGGAGGCUUGUCAACUUUGGAGGCCUGGCGUUCGGACUCGGACUCGGUGCUCUCGCAGAAGUGGCCAAGAAGAGUUUUAAACCCAAACAACAAGGAAGUAAAAAAGCCAUUCUGGACUCCAACCCCUUCCUGUCAGAAGCCAACGCUGAAAGAAUUGUCCGGACGCUUUGCAAAGUCCGAGGGGCUGCGCUCAAACUGGGGCAGAUGCUGAGUAUUCAAGAUGAUGCCUUCAUCAACCCUCAGCUGGCUAAAAUCUUUGAGCGUGUCCGGCAGAGCGCAGACUUCAUGCCCACAAAGCAGAUGAUGAAAGUCAUCAGCAGCGAUUUGGGCCCAAACUGGAGGGACGCGCUGGAGUACUUUGAGGAGAAGCCGUUUGCAGCAGCGUCCAUCGGUCAGGUGCAUUUGGGGAGGCUGAAGGACGGAAGAGAGGUGGCCAUGAAGAUUCAGUACCCCGGAAUUUCCAAGAGUAUCGACAGCGACGUGAAUAAUAUCAUGACUGCUCUGAGUUUAAGCAACGCCCUGCCCGAAGGUCUGUUCCCUGAGCAUCUCAUUGAGGUCAUGAGUCGGGAACUCGCACUGGAGUGCGACUACAUAAGGGAGGCCAACUGUACCAAAACAUUUCAGGAGCUGCUGAGGGACCACCCCUUUUUCACCGUGCCCGACGUGAUAGAGGAGCUGAGCAACGAGCGUGUCCUCACCACCACGCUAGUGCACGGUUUCCCCCUGGACCGGGCGACCAACCUCACUCAGGAGCUCAGGAAUGAGAUUUGUGAGCAGAUCUUAAGGUUGUGCCUGAGGGAGCUUUUCGAGUUCAGAUACAUGCAGACGGACCCAAACUGGGCCAACUUUUUCUUCAAUCCUCAGACUCACAAGGUUGCCCUGUUGGAUUUUGGAGCCUCGCGAGGAUUCGACAAGAGUUUCACGGACACCUACAUUGAGAUUAUCAAGGCAGCUUCAGAACAGGACCGAGAGGGCGUCCUGCUCAGGUCCAGAGACAUGAAGUUCCUCACAGGAUACGAGUCAAAGUCGAUGGAGAACGCUCACGUGGACGCGGUGAUGAUCCUCGGGGAGGCCUUCUCCUCGGCGGAGCCCUUUGACUUCGGCGAGCAGAGCACCACGGAGCGCAUUCACAGACUCAUCCCGGUCAUGCUGAGGGAGCGCCUCACGCCGCCUCCAGAGGAGACCUACUCCCUGCACAGGAAGAUGGGCGGCUCCUUCCUCAUCUGCUCCAAGCUAAAAGCCAGCAUCCCCUGCAAGAACAUGUUCCAGGAGGCGUACAACAACUACUGGAAAGACUGAGAUCCUGAACACUGAGAACUGGUUUUCCC